UCAAUCUGUGGGGUAGGGAUCUCGAAAUGAAAUAGGGUUCCUUGAGCGCUUUAAGCUGGAUUUUAUUUGAAUUCUUAUUAUUCUAAUGUGCUACCACCUUUGUUCUUGCUUCUCCUUCGGAUCUUUGGCUAUCUCGGAUGCUCUUACUAAGGGAUGUUGUAACAUCACUCCUAGGAACUAACACAGAUGUCGGCACCUCAUUAGGGGAAAGACUAAAACAUACCGGCCAUUUCUAUUCAUUUCCCACCAUUGCAUUUUUUUUCUUUCACGAACGAAUCCAUCUUAUCAAACAUCAUUUCCCGAGCCGGGCAUGAGCUACUCCCAUCUAGCCAAUCUCGGGGAUCUUAGCAGCUGCCCUUCUUUCUACUGGGUAUGAACUCAAAGAAUCUCCUUUUUUGGACAGCCCCCCUAUCUUGUAAGGCCAGCUUCUGUGGCUUUCCCUCAUUGCAGAGAGGCUUUCGCUUAGCAACCUUUACCAUAAGCGAAAUCUUAAUUGGUGAUCUCAGUGAAAUUAAGGGCAUUCGAAAAAGACUCUAGGAUCUUAUACUGUCUUGAAUCGAGGAUUUUAUUCCUUCCCUCCCUCCAGCUCUCUAGUUCUCUUCCUUCGGCUCUCUUUUUAGGUAUUCCACUGGUGUCUAUUCACCCAUCUCUUAAAAAGUCUAACUCGGGGAAUAAUUUAUUUAAGAACAACGUUCGUUUAACUCCGAAACGAGCCCUAGAAGAGGAUCCUAUCCGCUCAUGGAAGCUAGUCACACAGCUCUAAAAACUAGAACUCAAGAAAGAAUGAAUAACUGCUCCAACUCCAUAACUCACUAACCACAGAAACAGAGAGAAGCAACUCGGAACGGCAAGUUCGAACUGAAAGAGCUACUGAACUAACUAAACAAUAAGAAGUUAAAGAGGAAGAGUCGUUUUUUAAGCAGAUAGUCUUCUGAACUACGUACACCCAAGUCUUCCACUCGUCCGCGCUUCCCCUAGUGAGUGAGGGUCGAUAAAAAUUAUCAUCAUUCUAUCGAAUGAAAUUAGUACGCCUGGUGAACCAUGCCCGGCCCUUUUGUAUAAAAAAGAGAGAUAAUCCCCUCAAUCAAUUCUUUUACUUUGAAAGGAAAUACACCUCUGUUGGAGGCCUAAGACGAAGAAACGCAGUUGCUCGAUUGAAAGGUGAGGACGCAGAACUUCCCUUUUGGCUUUCUUCCGCUAGGAAAUUGGACUCUGACUGAGUGUGAAUGACCGACUUGGCAUUCUCCGCCGGCCUCCUUGCUACGUUGAAAGAACACAGGGAGUAGAGCGGCCCGUCUGAGUACAUAAGAGAUUGUUUACCAGAAGAGGUUGUUGGAUAAGUCCCCGGAUAGGGAGAUCCGGAUAAACGAAAGGGGCUUGUCCUCACUUACUUGAGCAAGGAAUGAAAGACUCGCUUGCUUAGCGCAGGACGGAACAAGAAAGGAAAGAAAAAGAGAAAGACCCAUAAUUCAACUAAGAGAAAAGCAAGUAGCACAAUCCCCUCACCUAGGGAUAAGACCCCUUCUGAUUCUUGUACGUAUACUAGAUCUGUCUGGAUUGGAUCUACUAGAAGAGGUAUAACUCGAGUGAUGCCUCUAUUUAUGCCCUUAGGCAGGAGGAGCGACUGGGCUCUCUCGAUUCAUAGCAACUGGGAGAGGGGAUGGCGGAACUUAAACCAGUACUUGUCUGGCAUGGCCGGUUUAAGAAUUCCUUUUAGAGAUAGAGCUAGAAGCGCGGUUAAGCUAUCACGCUUAGUGACAUAAACAAACUAGCACCCUAGGGAAGAAUCUUGGUCAAACCCGAAAGGAAAGCUACUUUAAGAUAAGAAGAAAACCGAGGGGUUUCGUCUGUCGAAUAGUUACCAAGGAAAGCAAGAUGCUAUGGAAGGAGGGAAACCCGCUAACUACAAUUUUCUAGUUACCUUAGCCUGGUAAACCCGACACCUAUGAGGAUAUCCGGGGCAUUCUCCUCACUUUCGGGAGAAAUGCACGACUUGAUAGCUCAUCUGCAGCCCUUCUCUUGCUCGGGCGAUAGAAGCACACUCCAGAGACCUGCCCGCUUAGUUACAUAAACAAAGAAGCUCCCUGGGGCAAGGAAAGUUAGCCACCUCUUUCACCCUCGGAGGGGUUUCCUUCGAUAGAGGAUUAGGAAGGGCAUGACUACUAUAUUACUUGGCAGGUUUCAUCAUUCUUCCACCUCGAGGGAUCGAUGUGGGAAGGGCGCUUUCCACUAUAUGAGCUAGGAAAGCCCGUCUUUUGAAUGAAUUAACAAACCUUUUCCCUCCGUGGAGUGAGAUCAUCACGAGAAGGUUUUAGAAAACCGGGGAUUUUCGCUUAAAGAGCGAUUUAUCUCCGUAGACUCAGAUCAAAAUCGAAUCGUUUUGACCUGGCUUAAAAAGACGCGAUUUACGAAUGAACAAAGAAGAAGCGAAGCGGGGAAGCCUUAUUCAAUCAACUGCAAUAAGAAGAAGGACAGGCCUGCACCUAGGAAUAAAUCCAAA